CUCCGGUCAAACCGUGCUAUCCCAUAUGCAAUUACCAUCACCUCCAUCGAUUGACAGUCGCUAUUCAACAUAAACAUGGUGCGAUCACAUCCCAUCCUUGAGCGCAAGGACAGCACCGCUAGCUCUGGGUCGUCCAAUUCAACACUAUCCGACACAGACUGCUUUGAGCGCUUCACAGCUACUGGUCGCCCUAUGCCUACAGAUUAUCGAUCCGCCUGGUCGUCCGCCUGUGUGUUCGGCCCCACGGCGCCGCAUUUUCUCCCUUUCAGAUUUACAGACGAUAGCAUAAUCCCUGUCGUGGUCCGGGUGUGCGCAGAGAGCUUCAAGGCCGGGGUGGAAUCCACAUCCCAGAAACGCCGCCGCUCCCUGCGUGACCGGUUCCGUUUCAAGAAGACGAAGGUCGUGGUUGCGAUGAUGCCGCGGCGCGACUAUCUCCGUUACUUUGCGCAUGAUGAAUCGGGGCGGUAUGUCGGGACGGAAAAGGAGGAGAGUUGGAGUGAGGGGGACCUGGAGGAUGAGUUUGGACACUAUAGGCUGAUGGAGCCGCGGCAGUGGGUGGUGAGGAAUUCAGGCGGGGUGGCUUAUAUGGAGGAGGAGUGAUGAAGGUGGGGUGGGCGCAAAAAAGGAUAUGGCUAGGAGUAAUAAGGAUUGUUAAGGAGUUCAGAGUUGGUGGGAGCAAGGUUGCCAUUCAUUUGGUGAAUAACAGGGCAGGAUUAAGUUGAUGGGUAACGACCUUCUAUGUCAAAAUAUAUAUCUAAUUAUCUCAUGAG